GCUAUGGCGAUGCAAAAAAUCGCCGACGACACGGAGUUGAAAGCAGCAGCAGAACGGGCGGCGAAGGAGCUUGCAGCCGAGCAGCAGGAGCAGGCCAGCCGCAAGAAGCUGGAAGACAUGAAGUGCCAGACGCAGGAGUACUUGCUGCAGCAGAUGAAGGAGAAGCAGCUCAAAAAAGCGGUUGAAGCUGAGAAAGCAAGGCAACUGGCUUCUGCACAAGCAGCAGAGGCAAAGCAGCUGGAG